AUGUUCAUUAAUUAUUUUGUCAAGAAAUUUACUAAAAAAGUAGUUGGGGAGUUUAAUGGGGGUGAGGAUCCGUUUGUGGAAGAAUAUGAGUUAGAAAGAAGGUCAUUUUUGUCUGGCUCCUCUAAAAUUGUGAAGAAGAAGAGACCAAAGACCAUACCAGAAUAUAUUCCUGAAUCGCAGCAAAUAAUGAUUCGGGCACUGCGUCGUAGGUGUUACCGUAUGGAGCUUAUCUUCACAUUUUGGGGUAUGAAGUUUGGAUGGCUAAAUGUGGUGAAGAUAGUCCCGGUCGUGGGUGAUAUUUGCGCCUUAUGCUUCUCCUUGUUGGUUCUUAGAGACACUAGAAAUGCUAUGGGUGGUAUGCCUUCGGAUUUGUCGAUGCAGUGUCUGUUUAACGUUAUAGUGGAUUUUGCCUUCAGUUUAGUACCUAUUGUUGGUGAUAUUGUCAGUGUUGCAUAUAAACCCAAUUGUCGAAAUGCUAUGUUAAUUGAAGAGUUUGUGAAUAACAAGUAUAGAAGGGGAAACAACAUCAAGACUGGAGAAAUCAAGAUGGGAACUCCACUCACUGCUGCAAAACAAUCUUAA